AUGGGUUGGAUGAACUUCGUCGCCUUCAGUUCCACUCUGCCUGUCCUCGCGCAUUCAACAACCGCCCCAAGAACAGCUCAUGCGCAGCCCUCUCAGGCAAAUCAUGUUCAGUAUGUUCCUCCGGAGGCGUUCAAUGGCAGUGUGGUUCCAUCCUUCACUUCCAACGACUUUGGUUUCGACGGUGCCAGAAUGUCGAAUUUCAACAGGAGUGUGUGGGAUUGGUGGUAUUUCGACGUCGUUUCGCCGACGGACAACUCGUCAAUCAUCAUCCUCUUCAAUCUUGCUUUUGAUACCGGCUUGCUGGGCGGCAGUUCAACAACUGCUGCGAACGCAGAUAUCACAGGCACUUUUGCGAAUGGCACAAGAUUCUCUUAUUCGACAGAGGCACCUAACGGCGCUGUCAUCGUCACCGCGCAGGAAGGGGGCUCAUCUGGUAGCUGGAACGACGCCGGGAUGACGUGGAGUAGCACUCCAGACAUGAAGACUUAUGUGGUCUCCAUUGAGACUCCUCUCAUCAAUGGCACUGUCACCUUUGAUUCCAAGGCGCCUCCUCACUACCCAUGCGGCCCCAAGGAACCUCGAGCAAACCUCCAGAUUGCGAAGAAUUUUGGCUGGGCCAACGCCGUUCCUGAUUCGGAUGCGGUCGUUGAUAUUACAGUGGGUGGCGAAGAUGUCAGGUACACUGGAUACGGAUACCAUGAUAAGAAUUGGGGCGACAAGCCAUUCGUGGAGACCUUCACCGAUUGGUACUGGGGUCAUGCUCGUCUUGGCAACUAUUCCAUCGUCUGGUUCGACUUCAUCGAUGUCGAAUUGGUCAACACUGUUAGUUCAUAUGCGUCGAAAGACGGGAAGAUUAUCACCGCAUCUUGCAAGGAGGGAGCUGUCAAGGUGCGCCCAGUCGACGGGCCGUAUCCACCCGUAGGUGACGGAAAGUUCCCCUCUGCGUUCAACAUUGUGAUGGACCUUGGAAAGGAAGGCAUUCUCAAUGCUACCGUUACCCGAGAGGUGACUGUCCUGGACGUUCCUAUUUACAAACGGUGGACAGGACCCGCCAAAGGAUCUAUCAAUGGCGGCCCUGAGAUGACCGGAGUUGGUCUGUGGGAGGAGGUCAACCUUCUCAACCCCUUAGCAUAA